AUGGAGCUGCUCAGACUCUUCGCUGUUCUCUUAGCUACUGCUUUCUGUGCCUUGAGCACUGAGGCCAGCAUCUCUUUUAUAGAACGAGUCAAUACAGGCGAAGAUGUGAAGCAGUACAGGGAAGCGACAACCCCAGGAUGCAUCUGCGGAAACCCACGAAGGCAGCACCAGCGACGGCACCAGCGACAGUGGCACAGGAACAAGCACGACGGAUCCGUCGUCUUCUACCUCAGAAGCAACAACAACAACCACGACAUCGCCAACAACACCCGCAUCAACACCAUCGACAACAGGAGAAACAACGACAAUAGCAGCCACAUCAGAAUCAUCCACAACAGAAACAGCAACAACCACGACAACAGAAGCAACAGCAACUACAACAACCACAAAAAGCACCACAAGAACAACCCUUCCGACGGUUGA